AUGGAGGAGAAUUGUACGAUGAGACCUUGCGCUACAGACUUUAGUAUAGCGGCUAUAAUGUCGCGCCAUGGACGAGCUAGAACUGCUAGGUGCAGAGAUCGGGAUCCGCCGGAUACGCUUUCUCCUCUAGAAAAAUUCGUAGACACUUCACCCUCAGUACCUUCAACGCCGGAACUAAUUGGCUUAGACUGUACUAUAGUGAGUGCGGACAAUGAAAGCAGUGGUCGGGAUUCUCCAGUCGACGUUUCGUCUACUUCAGAAUCGGGAGUGGCGUCUCAAUCGCAAUCGAGCGGUAGGAGGUCGAGAUCACCAGCUCGGAACCCUCUCCUUCAAGAAAAAUGCACCAGCGAGGACUUGAAGAAUGUUACAUGUCACUUAGAGACCAAAGAACUCUGGGACAAGUUUAACGAUUUAGGGACUGAGAUGAUUAUUACAAAGACUGGAAGGCGCAUGUUUCCCACGGUGAGAGUUUCCUUCACUGGCAUUCGACCAGACCAAAAGUACGCCGUACUGUUAGACAUAGUUCCUGUAGAUAAUAAGAGAUAUCGGUACGCUUAUCACCGCUCGUCCUGGUUGGUGGCAGGAAAAGCGGAUCCUCCUGCGCCGUGCAGGAUAUGCUCUCAUCCUGAUUCACCUUUUUCCGGCGAACAGCUGAGGAAACAAGUGGUGUCCUUCGAGAAGAUCAAGUUAACCAAUAAUGAGAUGGACAAACAUGGACAUUUAGUCCUCAAUUCUAUGCAUAAAUAUCAACCUAGGAUCCAUUUGGUGAAGAGAGGAGAAGGAGUGACUGGGCCGGUAACGGAUUUAGAAAACGAAGAAUAUAAAACUUUCAUUUUUCCUGAAACUAUAUUCACCGCAGUUACAGCAUAUCAAAACCAGUUGAUAACGAAGUUGAAAAUUGACAGCAAUCCAUUUGCCAAAGGCUUCAGGGAUUCAUCUAGACUCACCGAAUUUGAAAGUUUUUGUGAUUACAGAGAAACGAUGGAAUCGAUGCUAGCGGAACAACAUUAUUUCCGCUCUCCGCUGCGCCCCUUCGGCGACAUGGACACCCAUAACAAUAACCUUUCCUUGGAAGAAAAGGCAAUCCUGGCAGCUCGUUCACAGCUGUUCCUGCGCGCUGCAGCGGCUGCGGGACCAUACGGACCUUUGAUGGGAGGUAUCUACGCGGGCGCAGGUGCCUCGCAAAGCCCACCGGUACCACCGGGAAUCCUCUGGAACCAAUGGGCGUGCCUCGGUCCUUCACUUCUCGCCGCGCAGCAUCAGCAUCAGUUGGCUGUAGCUGCUGCGGGAACUUCGCAGCUACAGUCGCCUAUCUCGCCGUUGGCCAGACCGCUCGCCCAACAUAGGUUUUCUCCUUAUACCCCGCCUCAAAGAUCGUCGCCUGAUACGAGUUUGAGGGACGAUAGGGAGUCACCCAAUAGCCCUUCGUAA